AACAAGUCCAGGGGAAGAGACACACUUUGUAAUUUUAUAUAUCAACAUUGUGAAUCGUUGUAAAUGUUAAGCUUGCCUUUCAUCAGCAUUGAGGAAAUGACUAUGUAGACGUGUUGAAAAAGCAUCAGUUGUAUUUACCCGUUAUAUGGAUAAUGCUGCUGGCUGACAAACUGUCUCUGCAGGUCAGCCAGCUUCUCUCAUCAGGCCUUAACCGGUCUCAAAACUAAGUGUCCUUUAGGCUCCUCAAAAAUCACGGGACUGCCAGCUGAGGGCUGACCUACAAGAUGUCAGCUCACAUUUCCAGAAACCAUUGCAUCAACCAUGUUUAGGCCAGUGCUGUUUGAAGCUUCAAAACAGAUGGUCAGACAGAAGCAGACAGUUCCUCAAGACGUUCAGACUGAGGAGGCCUUUGAUCGUCGGAGUGUGAGCGUUUUGGAAGCAGUUAUAACAAGACUUCCUGGACUGAACCAUUGAAGAAGGAAGAGUAAAGAGAGAGUAGAGGAAAACAUGAGGGGGGGCACCUCUUCCAUGCCCUGCAAGAGGGGAGUGAAAAAGGAGUCAAGUGGAUAAAGAGGAGGAAGAAGAGGAGGACGAGGAGGAGGAGGGAGUGAGGCUCUUCUCCUCUCUCUCUCUCUCUCUCUCUCUCUCUCUAAGAGCAUUAACUGUAGAGUGUUCUGCUGGUGACAGGGCUGUCAGGGUCAGAUGGCUGCUCAGCCUGAUUAGACCAGCUCCCAGCAGAUCCUCAGCGCGGCACACUGCACCGCCACAGCCAGGCAGAGACACAAUCUGGCACUCGCAGCAUACCGGAGGAGGGACAGGUGGAGGUGCAUAGUUCAGUGUAGCAGUGGGGCAGAGCUACAUGUUGCUGCAGGGAGACUUUUUUUUCUGUGUGUCAUUAUGAGGAAAUAUAGAUUCUAGUGGCAGAAAAAAAAGAGUGAAUGCAGGUGGACUCUGCUGAUAUUUAGUUUGUGGUUGGAGUUGACACUUAAAAGCAGCUUGUGACAGGGAAACAGCCAGGCAGCCUGAAGACCAACUGGGAGACGCACCUGUUUUUACAAACCAAACUGCACUCUAAGAAUCGCUGGUUGAUGGAGUUUGUGCGGCGGAGUGGUGACUACUGCCACGCCCAACACAUUUAGACCCUCCGUGGGAUGAGGCUGCACCAUGAAGACCUGCAGCCCUGAGACCUGAAGGAGCGUUGGCCUUUGCCCUCUGAACAAGCCAGCUCAUGGGGUAACAAGUGGAACCUUAACACUGAAAGCUUACUGGAGCGAGAAAGACAGAGCGAGAGAGAGAGAGAGAGAGAGAGAGAGAGAGAGCCUUUGAGAGACAAAGAGGGAAAAGAACUGGACAAUCAGAGGAACAGAAACAAGGAGACGAACAGAGAAAAAGCUGACACUUUAAAGCCAUCUGGACUAAAGGACACAACACCUGAUGGGAUAAAACUCAAGACUAAAGGAAUUGGGAAAAUACCUUAAACUGUUUUAAUCAGCCUCCAAUUAAGUCGCUCCACAAGAGACAAACAGUCCCCAGUCACUGAGAGACCUGGUUUAAGUCAAAAACACAACAGCUACAGCUGGAAAUAAAGGUCAUCCUGGGCUUUCAAACCGUCACAGUGGCCACCAUGAAUCGUCCAGCGCCAGUGGAACUGUGCCACAAGAACAUGAGAUUCCUGAUCACACACAACCCCACAGACAGCACGCUCAGCUCCUUCCUAGAGGACCUGAAGCAUUACGGUGCCACCACAGUUGUUCGAGUCUGUGACAUCACCUAUGAUAAAACGCCGCUGGAGAAGGAUGGCAUUACCGUGGUGGAUUGGCCAUUUGAUGAUGGGGCCCCACCCCCCAGUAAGCUGGUGGAUGAUUGGUUGGGUCUGCUGAAGAAGAAGUUUCAGGAGGAUCCAGGGAGCUGUGUUGCUGUUCACUGUGUGGCUGGACUGGGGAGGGCUCCUGUGUUAGUUGCUCUGGCUCUGAUAGAAAGUGGGAUGAAGUAUGAAGAUGCUAUUCAACUCAUCAGACAGAAGCGUCGGGGAGCCAUCAACAGUAAACAGCUCACCUACCUGGAGAAGUAUCGAUCCAAGCAGAGGCUCCGCUUCAAAGACUCUAACACACACAAGAACAAAUGUUGCACCAUGUGAACACACACACACAGAAUCCUGUACCCCUCAGUAAAUGCUCUCAGGAAUCCAACCACAAUAGCCUUCUCUCAGAAUUAAAAUAUCUUGGCUUCCUUAGCCAAAGUAUACCCUGGGAAGCUUUGAAUAUCGUUCUGGCAAUCUCAGUCGGACUCAUCUUUGUUCCCCUAUUAGAAAAAAAAAUCUUGUCCUCUUGUCCAAUUUAUUGAAUGUUUGCUUGAUAAUAUUGUUAACUACGAAGACAGAUGGCAAAAAUGGUAAGAGAGAAAAUCACAUGUUAGUUUUUGAGUUAUAUCUGCUUUAUCUUAUCAAAAUCUUCAAACACAUCCAAAAUGUACAUUUUGGAAAAUGCUAGACAGCUCUGGCAUUCAACUGAUUUAUUAUGAUACCUCAUGUACAUUCGGCUUUAAAUAUAGAUGAAUGAUUCUUUAUAUGAGCAGAUUUUCAACAUGUUAAAACUUCCUGAUAAACAAAAGCACAAAGUUUGAUGUCCAUACACCAGGUUAUCCCUCACUUUUAACACUAUUCCUGUUGAUUUUCAGUGAACAGGAGGAAUAAGGGCUCAUUCUUUUCACAGCCAUUUAUGCCAUUCAUCUUUAAUUAGUGUAAAAAUCAGCUUCUAAAAUGAUUCAUCUUUCAUAAACAUGAAGCCUUCAUUAGGCUUUGUAACGGUCACUGUUUUAAUGUUGUGCUCAAAUUAUGUGUUUACAUAUCAAUGUGUGCAUUAUAUUAUUGCCCUGUUUACUGACAUCCAGUGAAGGAAGACGCAGCUGAUUUUAAGCCAUGUUUAAAUGCAUAUAUGUAUGAUAUAAAAAUGUAAUGUUAAUAUUGAAUGACAGAGAAAUGUAAUUAGUUGUAAAUAUUAAUGAAUAAUGAUCUCUAUCGUUUUUCCCUUUGUAGGGAUUAACAACUCCAAGACAGACUGAAAAAAAAGUAGUUUCUGUCAGGAAGGAGUUUUCGUAUCUAUCAGCACGAUGCGAUGGAGUCUCUAAAUUUUAGUGCAAAGAAGAUAUAGAGGUUGGUCGUAUUUUUUGCACAAAUGCUGCUGUGCAGAAUUGUGCACAUCUUUUAGCCAUGUUAGUAGCCAAUGUAUAUUCUUUGUGGUUUGGAGUUUACUUUCUCAUUGUGUUGGUUCCUGGAUGAAGCAUGUAACCAAAUGCUUUUAAAACCUUUCUCUUUUCUUCUGAUGAUAGAGCAUGCACUUUCUACUUGUUGCUUAUAUCAUUCUUCUUGUGAUGUAUGUCAUAAAACACAUCUUCCACCUGAACUAAGGUCCUCAAAAACAAUCAGUGAAAAUGAGAGCUGAGGGUGUAAAACUAAAGUAAAGAAGCAGACGCAAUCUAGAGGAACAUGAUGAUCUGUCCCUCACUGAAACUGUGACUUCUUUUUAACACAUUGGCUAUGAGCGAUAACCAAUUUACUUGCAGUAUGUGUUUAUUUGAACGUGUGUAUUUUUAGCCACUGAUAAUCUCUGGGACUGGCCUGAGCUGACACUUUUUAAUGAAAAAGCACACAUUGUAAAUGUCUAUGUCUGUAAAUUCUUGCAUUGUUUAAUUAAAAGUUUUGUCAUUGUC